AUGACGCAGGUGGCCGAGGGGGUGGGAGGCAGCAAUUCAACACAGUUCUUCAGCCGCUUCCAUCAGCAGGGCUCCACAGAAGCCCCAGGAGGAAAUGAAAUCUGCUUCCCACUCCCAGCAGUGAGGGCAGUGAGUGAAUUCCAGAUCCCCACAUGUUUUGGCACCAGGGGUCAGGCUGGGGGAGAGAGCUGUGGUCAUGGUGGGCUUGUGAAUAUCAGCCAGCCCUAUGUUGUACAGCUGAACUGGAGAGGAUUUUCCUUCAAAUAUGGUUCCUGGGGUAGGGAUUCCUCUCUUCGGACCCCGCAGAAGGACCUAUACUGGGUUGCACCUUUGAACACAGAUGGGAGACUCUUAGAAUAUUACAGACUUCAUAAUUCCUUUGAUGAUUUGCUGCUAUUAAAAAAUGCUCGAGAGUUAAAAAUUCAAUAUGGGGAAAGCAGUGGCACCGCAGUUUACAAUAACUUCAUGUAUUACAAUGUAUAUCAUUCAAGAGAUAUGGGCAAGCUCGACUUAAACACAAACACAUUGGCUGUGAGGAAAACUCUGCCGAAUGCUGCUUAUGGUAACCGUUUCUCUUAUGCUGGUGUUGGGUGGCAAGAUAUGGACUUUGUAGUGGAUGAAAGUGGAUUGUGGGUAAUUUAUUCACCCAAGGACAACACAGGUAACAUUAUAAUUAGCAAACUCAAUGAGACCACACGUGAUGUGCUCCAUGCUUGGAAUACAAGGCAGUACAAGCCAUCCAUUUCCAACGCUUUCAUCAUCUGUGGUGUUCUAUAUGCCACAAGACCGGUCAACACUAGGAAAGAGGAAAUAUUUUGCACAUACGAACAGGAAGGUAAAAUUAGCAUAAUUAUGGAUAAAAUGUUAGAAACAAUUCAAAGUAUCAACUAUAACCCCUCAGACCGAGUCCUGUAUGUUUACAAUGAUGGCUACCUUGUUAAAUACGAUCUUAUUUUUCAACCUGUGUUACACUGAUAUGAAUA